CACGACGACAAGCAGGCCCAGAACUACCACAACGACCACGCCAAGCACAAAGACAACGACAACAGCGGCUCCUGUCUGCAACUGCCCCACACCCCCUACCGUUGAUAGAACGAGCGAGGGUGCCGUUACCUUUAGUAGCAUUUUUGUGAAUGCCGACUGCUCGCGCACAUACACUUGUACACGUGGUGCGGCGCAGGCAGAGAUUUCUUUUAACCUCGAGACGGCUGGAACGGUCACUUCCACCUCUAACAGCGUCUCCGCCACGCUCCAAUUGUAUAUGCUA